CUUUAGGUGGGCGGGGUUGUGCUGGAGCCUCGGCCAGCAGCUGCUCAGGAUAGGAGAAGGUGAAGCCAAGUUACUCUAGCUCCGCCCAAGCAACCAACAGGGAACGUAGGCUUAAAGGGGCGGGACAAACGGGCGUGUAUGUUUUGCAAGUAAAUAAACCUUACCGUGAAGGGUCGUCGCAAGAGCGCGGUUCACAAUUUUGGGGGUAAACUGGAACGUAUUGUAACUGUCCUAUAGCAGCGACAUUUGCUUUCCUGUGAGUGGGGCUUUCUGUUGUCUCUGUGUGUGAAUUGGGCUGUUUAUACGCCUCACGGUGGGUGUUGGUGUCUUCUCCGGGGCUGGGAGUAUCUGUCUGUGAGACAGCUGUAAUGUAAUGUUCAUUGUUUGCUCCUCUGCCCCUUCUGUUUGGCUUCACCUUCUCCUAUCCUGAGCAGCUGCUGGCCGAGGCUCCUGCACAACCCCCACCCUCCUAAAGUACACACAUAUAUACACACAGUCACACACAGACUCCAUAACUACUGCUACUGCAGCACACAAACUUGCAUCCGGGCUUCCCUACAGCUUUAGUUUCUGCUCAGUACAUAUACAACCAAUCUCUGCUUUACCUGCUGCUCUUAACAUGCACACUGUAUUCACUGUACUCCUUCUACUGGCUCUUUACCCUCUGCAUAGCUCACAUACUGGUUAUUAACUCACUCACAGGGGACAGCUGUUUCACGCUGACAUACUACUGCAGCUUACACUAGUUCUCAUCACUGCAAUAUACAGCAUUACUGAUCCCUAUACCGGACACUAGUACUUUUGCUGAGGAGAUGUCGGCUGGGGUACAGGAGGUACCUGCAGGGUCCCUUGCCUCUGAUCAGGUGGUGAGGAACAGGCAACAGAAACCUGACGAGAAGAACAGCAACAAGGAGAAUACUAAAGGGGAGUCAUCGUGUCAUGUUGAGGCCCCCCAACCGAAAGUCAAUCCAUGGACUAAGAAGCACAGCCAUGUUACAACCAGUCAUUUUGGUCAUUUCCGUGGCCUUCAGGGACAACAAAGCACAGCAAAAGUGAUUAGAGCCGGAAAACCUCCAUCAAAGAAGACUAGCGACUUUCAUGACAUUACAAAUUGGCCAACACCAAGUGAAAUCGUAAACCAUGGAACCAAAAACAUUCUGGCUGCUACAACAAACGGAGAACAUGCAAGCAAACAAGAGAAGAACAGUGAUGGGAAGACUGGUCAUAAUGAUGUCCACGAAACAGAGGAGAACUGCAAUAUGGAAGUACAAGUUAAAAAUUUAAGACCCAAUGACCAGAUGGAGGCUACUACUCAAAAGAAAAAAUACAACAAGCAUAAAUGGAUGCCAUUGCAUUUAGAGGAGACAAAAACAAAUGAACAAGAAAGGCCAGCAAUCCAUAAAAACUCAGGUUCUCAGUGUGCGUUUAGCAGAAGCCAGAAAAACAAACAGAGAAAUUACAGCUGGCAUUUUGAUCGGAAGGAUGAGUUAGAUGAAGUUUCGAGUGUACGGAGUGAAGGAGGAAACAUCAGAGGAAGAGGUAGUGGACGAGGUCGUGGAAGAGGCAGUCCUUACUUGCGCUGUUCAUAUAGUGCCAGAGAGAACAGAAUGAAGACAGACAAAAUGGAAACUUCUAAAAGUAUGAUGUACUAUUACGAUGAUGGAACUGGGAUGCAUAUUUAUCCUGUAGAUCAAAAAUUGCUUAAGGAAUACCUUAAGCGCCAAAUCGAGUAUUACUUUAGCACGGAGAACUUGGAAAAAGACUUCUUUCUCAGGCGAAAGAUGGACCUGCAGGGAUUUUUGCCAAUUUCUCUUAUUGCUGGUUUCUAUCGUGUGCAGUCUUUGACCACAGAUGUCGAUCUCAUCUGUGAGGCAUUGAAAGACAGUGCCGUGGUAGAAAUAGUAGAUCAGAAGAUAAGAAGAAAAGGGGAUCCUGAAAAAUGGCCAAUCCCAAGUGGUCCUUCUUUUGACUUGACGCGUACCGACUUCUCUAGAUUCAUCGACUGUCCAGAAUUUAUACCUGGGAAGAAACUGGAGUCUCGUACAGGUGGUUCUGUACCGAAUUCUCCAAGGAAAGAAUGUUCUUUUUUGCAGGAUGGAAGUAACAGGCUAAGUAAUUUACAAAGUAUGCCCAAAGUCCUCUCCACAAGCAUGCCAGAGCUGGACUCUGAGCCUUGGAUAGAAGUUAAAAAAAGACACCGUCACUCCCCUGUCAAAUCAAAGGAGCCUGAUAUUCCCACACAAAUAAUUCCAAAACCCCAGCUGUGUGAUGAACCUGACCCAGAGGAUUUGGAUUUCAUGUUUGAUGAAGAGCUGCAGCAUAUGCAAGGGCGUAAAAACAAAUUUACGGACUGGUCUGAUGAUGACUCUGAUAAUGAAAUAGAUGACAAAGACCUUAAUAAGAUCAUAAUUGUUACACAAACACCUCCUCAUCUAAAAAAACACCCUGGAGGUGACCGUACGGGAAAUCAUAUAUCUCGAGCAAAGAUGACUUCUGAAUUGGCCAAGGUCAUUAAUGAUGGACUUUAUUAUUAUGAGCAAGACUUGUGGAUGGACUAUGAGGAACAGAAUUAUGUGCCCUCAAAGCAAGAGCUAGAACAUUUUAGGAAACUGAAUCUUAUCAGCAAAGAAGAGUUUGACAACUUUGCACCAGAAAUUCAGGUUGAGCAAAAUCUUGGGCAAUCCCCGCCGAUCAUACCUACUUUUAAACAAGUUUGCAGUGAGGAUGUUCACGAAUCUGUGACUACACAAUCCCACCCAACAGAUGUACUACAAUCACCAAUAUCUUGUCGUGUAAGAACACCAAAAUCUCCUCGUACUCCACGCUUGAAAGAUCCAAAUAAAACACCAAGAUUUUAUCCUGUGGUUAAAGAAGCAAGGUCUAUUGAUGUAAAGAGUCCAAGAAAGCGGAAAACUCGACAUAGUACUAAUCCCCCGCUAGAGUACCAUGUUGGUUGGGUAAUGGAUUCUAAGGAACAUCGACCACGGACUUCCUCUGUCAGCAGCUCAAAUGCUUCUCCAUCAGAAGGUGCUCCCCUUACAGGAAGCUAUGGCUGCACCCCCCACUCUUUGCCAAAGUUUCAACAUCCUUCACACGAACUAUUGAAAGAAAAUGGUUUUACACAGCAAGUGUACCAUAAAUAUCGCCGUAGAUGCUUAAAUGAGAGGAAAAGACUAGGAGUAGGCCAAUCCCCAGAGAUGAACACAUUGUAUCGCUUCUGGUCUUUCUUUCUCAGAGAUCACUUUAACAAGAAAAUGUAUGAGGAGUUUAAACAACUUGCUGUGGAGGAAGCAAAGGAAAACUACAGGUAUGGCUUGGAAUGUCUAUUCAGGUUUUACAGCUAUGGACUGGAAAGGAAGUUCCGGCAAGAAUUAUUUAAGGACUUCCAGGAAGAAACUAUUCGUGAUUAUGAACACGGUCAGCUUUAUGGGCUGGAGAAGUUUUGGGCAUAUCUGAAAUACUCACAAAUCAAGAACCUGUCAGUGGACCCAAAAUUACAAAGCUACCUCAGCAAAUUUAAGAGGCUUGAAGACUUCAGAGUAGAUCCUCCAAUCGCUGAAGAGGACGGGAGAAUACCUUCAGCAUCAAAUGAGGAUACAUCCCGCCGGAGACAUCGCUCAGGUUCAUCCAAGCCAACUCUUGCUUCAAAGCAUUAACCUGACAGCUAUACUCUUGGUCCUUCUGAUUGCCUUCCCAAUGUCAACACUGUUCAGGAAAAAUCUGGCUGCACCCAAGGCACCAGCACCUUAAACCAGAACAUAACAAGGCAACAAUAGAAAUAGUCUCAACAGUAUGUUAUGUCAUUGAUAGCAGCAAACAGCUCUCCUUUAGCCCAAGGAACUCUGGGAAUCUAUGGAUACAGCAAAACAAUGCCUUGCCUCUGAGCACAAAGUUGUGACAUCUCUCCAUUUCUGAUUGGUUAUUUGUAUAUAAAACGGUAGCCCUGUCAUGUGAUGCAAAACAAUAGGGUGCCUUUUCUUCAACAGGUUGUUUUUAAUCAAUUUGUACCAAUGCUUUCUUUGUCCUCAUUAUUUCACCUCACCAGCAAGUAUAUGCACACAUAAACCUUCAAAAUAAAAAGGCAUUUUUAUCAAUAUAAUACUCUAUUUUUAGAAAAAAAAAAAUUUCCCCUUCGGUAGAACAAAGGUUUUCUUCCGAUGCAGACAUUUCAGGAUUUUGCGUUUUUUUUCGAAAAUAGGCUUAUAUUUAACUUUUCUGUAAUAAUUCCUCUUGUAGUUUCCUUUUAAUGGAUUUUAGCAAGUUUGGGCAAAUUAGAGGCUUGAAUUGGGAAAUUUACAGUCUAAUGCUUUCUCUAUAUAAUACAGAGUAUAUUCAACCAGUGAUUAAAAUACUUUUAAUAUAUUUUUUUCUUUGCGCAAUAGAAAGGAAUAUUAAUGUCAAUAAAGUUUGAAAUGAUUGUUUUA